AUGGACCACAACGACGUGGAAAUCGGCAGCCACCUCCGCCUCCUCGUGCUCGCCGUGGAGAGCCAACGGACACCCUCUCCGGAUGCAAAUCAUACAGCUGCCGACACCGAGGAUGUACUCAUUGAAGUGGAGAUUGAGGACUCACCACCGAGACCAAUGCCGCGAACGCCUUCACCUGUUGCGACCUCCUUGCUGGCCGAGACCUCUGCACCCGCGGGUGAGGCACCGCGUCUUGAACCCAAACCAAAAGCCAUGCCUACCCUUGGACUCCGGGUGCCUCAAAGUCAAAGCGACCUUGCUGUCAAGCAGGAAGAGACAUCGGACCAAACAGCGCAGAUGGCCCAACCUGUGCUACCCGAGCAGGAGGAGCCCCGCCGGAAGUUCGCCAAGGGCUCCAUUGGUCGUUUCCAACGUCAGCAGCAGGCACUACAGUCUCAGGCCAGAAAGCCCACAAGACUGCGGCUCUCACCGGGACAGGCCAGAGCGAUCAUCAAGAAGUCCACGGCUGUCAAGAGCAAAAGCAAGCCACCAAAGUCGCUCACAAUACCGCGGCCUGAAGAAGAUGAGAACGUGGAGUCCUCAGCUGAUGAGAAGAAGCAGCAGCAGUCUGCUGACCGCGGAGGUUGCAUUCCCUCCGAGCCCUCCUCCGCACCAACGGCGGAGGCACAAGACACUGCCAUUCCUCCGGAACUGGAGGUUGUGCUUCCCACUCCUUCGGCCGACACACCUGGAGAUGUGGAGUUCACCAGAAUCGGGACCCUCACCCAGGAUGACGAGGCUAACCCGGACACCGGUCACAGGCAGUGGUUUCUGACGACUCCAUCCAAUCCUGAGCCGACGCCUGUGCUCGACAUGCCAGAAUGGAUCCGGAAGGCUUUAGAGAGGUUUGGAUCGCUCUCGCAAUCGCAAGAGGACGGGACGAAGCCAGGGCACCGAGCCAAGGCCGCGUCCCAGCAUGGCUCCUCACAUCAGUGCAGCCGCCUCUACAUGUGCGGGACCCUGCGACAGCGACAGAUCCUGUUGGCGAUCUUCUACCAGGCAACCGCCCCGAUUGAAGGUGAUCUCCUGGAACGCUGGAUGAACACCCCCAUAGAGGGCCGCCUUCUGCAGAUCAAGCUGGAUACGGAUCCGGCCGAGACCAUCAACAAUCUACUUCAGAAGGCCUGGCAGGAGGUUUUUCCAGCACCUCCGCCUGGCCUCUCCUCCCCGGAAGAACCUCCAGGACUACUACGCAAACUGUGGGCUUUACGCAAGGCCUGCCGCCAUGCUUCAGCCACAGCCUCAGUCCUACAAAGUUGGCUCAUGACGGCCCGCAUACAGAGACUGCAAAGACACCUCAAAAAGCACUACCUGCAGCACAAGAGAGAAAGGGUAGAAACGCUUCUUAAGGAAGCCGAAGCCACCAACAGACCCUCUGCCAUCUUCAGCGUAGUUCGUAGGCUGGCGCCCAAAACCCGGCACAUGAGAAUACAACUUCGUGGCCCGACAGGGCAACUGCUGGUUGGCGUAGCAGAGUCCACCUGCAUAGCCCAAUAUCUGAGGCAGGUAUACCACAGCCAGGACAUCACUUGCCCUCCCCCUGUAAAUCCGAUCACAGGUAUACAAUUCGCUCUGGAAGAUGUCCAGAAAGCGCUUGGGAAACUGAGUGCUGGCAAAGCUUUGCCCUCCGCCUUUGCCCCAGCCCGACUCUGGAAGCUGGUUCCAGACAUUGUCGGUCCUGCCCUAUUGCCAUGCAUGAACCUGCAAUCAUCACAGCUCCUGGAAGCUUGGCAUAAGGUCCAACUCCACCUUAUUCCCAAGAUAGCCAUUGUCAAGGAACCGAAGUCGCUACGACCCAUAGCCCUACUUCACCCGGCAAACAAGUUGUUAGCAACAAUGAUAGCAGAUAAGAUUCUUCCUAAAGCAAUGGCCUACCUUGCAUCGGCCCCUCAGUGGGCCUACCUCCCCGGCCGAUCAACCGCCCAAGCGCUGGAAUCGGUAUGCUCCCACCUACACUCCGUCCGUGAUAUGCUCAGCAAACACAGCUGCUCACUCCUACAGCGCUUUCAAGGUCACCAACCACCGAAGCUGCUCGGAGGCCUAUCUCUCAGUUUGGACAUCCGGAAGGCAUUUGACAGCCUGUCUCAUUCUUACCUCGAAGCAGCCAUGAGAGAAGCGCAAUUUGAGGAAGCCGAAAUCGCCCUCAUCCUCCACUUGCACUCCCAAGCCUGCAUGCAAAUCGGUUCCCAUACUCACAAGGCGCAGGGUCUCUCGGAAGGACUCACCAACAUUUUUGCAGAUGACUUCUUCAGUAGCUGGAUGUUUAAAAGCCAGGAAGCUCUCAGCCACGCGCUACAAGCAAUGGGAGUACUGAUACACACGCUACAGGAAGCAGGCCUCCAGCUUAGUCCUGAAAAGACGGUCAUUCUGUUAGCGGCAAAAGGUACCAGUUUAGGCUCGGUGCUAAGCAAGUAUAGGAGGGUCAUUCAAUCAGUGCCGCAUCUGGAGAUCAGAGUAGGACAGCAACGCUACCACUUCCGAAUUGUCCAGUCCCACAAAUACUUGGGGGCAAAACUUUCCUACCACGGCUUCGAAAAACUCAAUCUCCAACAUCGCCUCCACACUGCCUGGGGUUCUUACUGGAGGCUACAUCAUCUGCUCAUCAGCCGAUCCCUCAGUCUUCGUCUCCGAGUCAGGCUCUGGCAAGCAUGUGUCCUGAGUGUCCUAAGAUACUCCCUUCAUAGCGUAGGCCUUCCCCCACAUGGACACCAGAUCAUCCGGCAAGCCAUUCAUAGACAACUGCGCAUGAUAGCCAGAUCACCAGCUCACCUCUGGCAUGUCACCUCGCCUGAAAUUCUGCACCGCCUUGACUUGCCUGAUCCUUGGACAUCCCUUUGCCAACAGUUCACGCUUAGCCGAUGGCCUGAAUCACUGGUGAUAACAGCGGCUCAUCAGGAAUGGCGACGAACCCUGAGUGGCAUCUUCUCUGAGACGCCUAUGGUGCUGCUCCCUACUGAUCCUCAGCCCACCCCGCUGCUUCCGUCAUCCAAACCUCCUGACCAACAUGCCCUGGAUAAGACCUCCUCCUACACGGAUCGUAGUGCACAUGCACCACGGACCCUCACAUGUCCAGUCUGCAGGCAGGAGUUCUCGUCACUAGCGGCACUCAGAGUGCAUCAUAAGGCCAAGCAUGAACUCCUCGAAGCCCCCACUGAGCAUCAACCCGAGCGUGCCGAACCGGGCCAUUCUACCCCUGUCACUCGUAACAAGGAAACCAAGCGCUCCUUUAAGGCCCGUAUUGCCAAACAGCGCCAGGAAAGGGCACAGCAUAAAGCCAUUAGCCGAAGGAAUGUAGGGUAUCAUGCUGCCGACGACCUUCUUACGAAGGGACUGCCUGCCUGUCUCCAUGGAGCGGAUCCGCAGACAAGAUUUUCAUGGCUCCAUGCCCACCUAGGCCUGUGCAUGUGCCGCCAUUGUCAGAGGGCAUGUCGAAAUUGGGAGGAACUGAAAAUUCACAUCCUUACCAGAUCAUGUGAAAUUCUCUUCCCUGACUCGGUAACUCUUCUCCCUAGUCAGACCCCUCCCAAUCCACUUCCACCCUACUGGCGUUUGGAGAUUCAAGAACUGGCUGGCAAGGGAUGGGAAAAGGUAGCAUUGACCUUGCAGGCGCAAAAGGCAGACUGUUUCCGGUAUUGCCCAAUCUGCGGGCAGUGGCUAAUACAAGCACGUGGCAUCACACUCCAUAUGCAAGCUCAUCAUGCAUGGGCAGUGCCCUACUUGCAGCUGGCCCGACGCCGUGCAAAGGCUAAUAGGAAAAACCUGGCCCUUAGCAGUGUGAA